AUGAGGGCCGCUAGCGAAUCUAUGCAGGAGGGUGCGAGUGGGGGGAGGCAGAGAGGAGAAAAGAGAGCAAGGACGAGCGAAGAGAUGGAGGAGGAGAGGAGAAGAGAACACCAACCUGAAGGAGGAGCAGAGCAUCGGUAUGAAGAUAGGCAGCUUCUUGAGAGACCAUCGGAGAACGGGCACGAGGCCGACCGGGAUUUCCAGGGCAAGAAAGAUGCUGACACGGAAUAUCAAGACGACACCUUCGACUACAUCUACGAGGAGAUAAGGGGAAUAGAAAACCAAGUGAAACUCUUCUCUGUACACGAGAAGAGCAAGUCUCCUCAACCUAUCCUCAACGCUGAGCCUGAGGAUCUUUCAAAGCGGGAGGAUUCAUACAUGCUACAGACUCCUCGUUCGACAGCUUCUGAAAGAUCUCCGAGAAUAAGAUCGGCAGUGGCAAAGCGCUCCCCUGCCCUAAGUUACUCGCCUGCUGCCCCCGACAAAGUCCUCAAGGCCAAGGAGGAGGUAGUGUCAAAGUUGCGAGAGAUUUCCAACCAGAACGCCUCCUUGCAAGAUGAAGUCCGCCUAUUGAAAGGAGAGAGUCUGCGAAAGGAGAACGGUCUGAUGGAUUUGACGUCGGAGAGGGACGGGUUGAGGCAGAAGGUCGCGAGCCUGAAUGAGAACGUGACGGUUCUCAGGGACGAGAACAAGAGGCUGAGAAGCGAGAUCGCAGCCUAUGAGUCGUUAACAAGGCAGCAUCAGCAGACUAUCAGGCAGCUCGAAGACUCCCCCGACGGGUUGUUCCCAAAGAGAGUGCUGGAAAAGGAGAAAGUCGGGCGAUUGAAGAAGAAGAUGAGCGGGUUGGCGGAAGAAAACUCUUUUCUUCUUUCAUCGCUUCAACGAUAUGAUGGAGCGAUCUCUGCUCUCAAAGAAAUCCUGUCGCUGAUGUUGAGCAAGAUCAAUAAGAAUUCUCUGUGCAAAGAAGAAGAGGUGAAGUUGCACACUGUGCUGGAGAGUUUGAGGCAUCUCAAGAAAGACACUGUCUUGCCCCCGAACCUUGCUGGGAUCAAGAGGGAAGAGUGCGAGAUCAGUAGCAGGCCUAUGAAGGUGAUCUCUUGGACUGACGAGCGGAGCAAACUGAGAAGCAUCAACAAGAAGCUCGCAGAGACUGUCGCAUCGCAGGGGAAGACAAUCAAGUCGCAGAAGGGCAGAAUAGAAGUCUUGACGAGCAAGCUCGACACACUCUCAUCUUCCUUGACGACUGCCAGACAGAGGCGAUGGAGUCUGAUCGCGAGGUUCAUGGCGAACAGCAGGGGGAAGAACAACUUGUCUGACAUCUUCGAUGAGACCCAGGACGAGUCGAUGAGGAUCGACGCCACCUGGAGGGAGGACGCGACGUCCUCGCCUUCUCUGCUAGCAGACGACGCGACCGGCUCAUCGAGAGUCAAGGUCCCCCUGCAGGCGUACGAGCACAUGGAGCGGGAGGUCCUGCAGCUCCAGGAGGAGCUCAAGGAGAAGGAGAUCGCGCUGCAGGAGAGGACGGAGCUCAUCGAGCACCUGGAGAGGAAGCUUCAAGUGCUUUCUCAUGCCCGGAGUGCUGAGAUCCGCAAGUUGAAGAGGGAAUCGUCUGUGAACAAGGGUAGCACGGGUGAGGAGAAAGGGAUGGAAGCGUUUUCUCCCCGGCCACUGAAAGCAGGAGAGCCAGAGGCUGUGACGUCGAGCCUCGCCGGUCACUACAUGAGGAAUCAGGUCAAGCUCGUCUCCUGCGACCCGCGGGAUGUGAAUGGCAAGAGGGGGGCAGGCGAGGGAAAGUGA